GUGCGAACAUUUAGGAGCAUGAACGGUCGGCCAGUGCAUCUCUGUCCUACCGCAAAAGUUAUGCCAAAAAAAAGUUUAGAGUCCUCGACGAAGAAUACAGGUCUUUAAAUCAUUUCCCCACGUUACUUGGAACCGUUGAGUGAGCGCGUUUAAUAUUGGACUUUUCUCUUUCCGUUUGAGUAAGGUACGAAGUGCCCUUGUUCAACAGCUUAGUUGUUUUAAAUAUCAUAUUUACUAAUAAAUAUGCUUAAUUCCUAGCCUAUGGCUUCAGAAUGCGCUCCCGUGCAUGGUGCUAGAAUAAACCCGGUUCGUCAGGGCACCUGAAAAAAAAAGCCUCCCUCAGGACUAGUUUGCGUUUGUAUGCAUGCGAUUGGCAACAUAACUGGCUUAUUUACAUUAAAUACGCCACAAGGUUACAGUGAGAUGAACGUCAUUUUAUCACUGAUUACUUCUCUUAAGCACUAGAGCUGUGACUGAUGCUGAGGACGCGCAGACUACACCGAUUUACCCUGGAGUUUUUUGGGGGGAAGAAAAAUACUUGAAAUAGUUAACUGAAAAGUGAUCUACGGAUGUCAAUUAGAAGACCCAAAGAAAACACAUUAGGAAAGAGACACAUCCUUCUAGGUUGGCCGUCAUUGCUGUGUGCUGUAGUGACUCAGUGGCAGUGAUCUGCCUGGGUCUCCUCGAACCUGACAGACAGGCUCCAGACCAGUAUGCAGUUAGUGUGUUAAGGAUGGAGGACUCUAGUUUGUGCCUUGGUGUGUCUUCAGCAGUAUUGGACGCUGACAGAGACCAUCUGAGCAACACAGUGCUAAAUGGCCGAUAUCCCAUCAGUCAGAAGCUCCACCAGCUGACGGCCCAGCUGGGCCACGCCUUUCCCGACCUACAGAGCCGACAGCAGAUCCCUGAGGAGAAAGCUGCCACCCCAUUGGAUGAGAAGAGCCACGCUGCCCUGGCCAGUCAACCAAUCAGCAGUCAGAUGGCACUGCUCGCCAACCAGCUCAACCGGGACAUAGAUGCAAGUGCCCUGGCCAACCUGAAUGGGCGUGUGGACCUGCAGCAGUUUCUCAAUGGGCAGAACCUGGGCAUCAUGUCCCAGAUGAACGACAUUGAAGACGAUGCCCGUAAGAACAGGAAGUACCCGUGUCCGUUGUGCGGCAAGCGAUUCCGCUUUAACAGCAUCUUGUCGCUGCACAUGCGCACACAUACAGGUGAGAAGCCUUUCAAGUGCCCCUACUGCGACCAUCGAGCAGCACAGAAGGGCAACCUCAAAAUCCACCUACGCACCCACAAGCUGGGAAACCUUGGUAAGGGACGCGGCCGCGUCCGUGAGGAGAACCGUCUUCUACAUGAGCUGGAGGAGAGGGCCAUCCUGAGGGACAAGCAGAUCAGGAGCAGCAGCCUCCUUCAGCCAGCCCAGACCCUGCAGCACCAGCCACACCUUGGCCCUCAGACCCAGCAGCAACAGCCUGGCUCUGCUUGUGGCCUCCUCACCCCCACCAGCCUGGGAACUCCAGACUCCCUCUCCCAGCCCUCGUCCUCCCCCAAGCCGGCCAGCGCCCAAGAUGACCAGGCCCUGAACCCACCCACUGGAUUCCGCUGCACCUUCUGCAAGGGCAAGUUUAAGAAGCGUGAGGAGCUGGAUCGUCACAUCCGCAUCCUGCACAAGCCCUACAAGUGCACCUUGUGUGAGUUUGCUGCCUCGCAGGAGGAGGACCUGAUCAGCCAUGUGGAAAAAGCCCAUAUCACGGCCGAGUCAGCUGCGGGACAGGGUGCAGCUGGUGGCGCUGAGAAGCCUGCCAACGAGUUCCGAUGUGAGGUGUGUGGCCAGGUCUUCAGCCAAGCCUGGUUCCUCAAGGGCCACAUGCGCAAGCACAAGGACUCAUUUGAACACGUCUGCCAGAUCUGUGGUCGUCGCUUCAAGGAGCCCUGGUUUCUCAAGAACCACAUGAAGGUCCAUCUCAAUAAGCUGGCCAUCAAGAGCAAGCCCCCAGCAGAGGACAUAAACGCUGUCAACACCAUGAACAGCAUGGCCCAGGAGGCCCAUGCUAACCUCUAUUCACGCUACAUCUCUUGCCUGCAGGGCGGCUUCCUAUCCCCAGACAAACAGGGUCUGAGCGAGCAACACCAGAUGCUGGCCAAAGCCGGCAUUGCCAUGAAAGAGAAGGAGAUGCUGGGAAAGCUGCUGGGCCCAAUGGCAGGGAUGGGCCAUGGCCUUGGCGAGGGGGAGAAGCGCUCUCUCCUGGGCUGCCUGAACCUAGUGCCCCCCCUGAAGUCCAGCUGCAUGGAACGCCUCCAGGCGGCUGCCAAAGUUGCAGAGAUGGACCCACUGAAUAGCUAUCAGGCCUGGCAGAUCAUGGCACGAGGCAUGGCCAUGGACCGUGCCUUUAUGCCCAAGGAGCAGCACCAUGAGCAGCACCAUGAGCAGCACCAUGAGGAGAUGACCAAUGCUGCCGGCAUGGCCUUCACUAAAGAGAAGCAUGACUACCCUAUGAUGUGCUCCAACGAUGGCUCCAAGCAGAAGCAGCACAGCGAAGUUCUGCAUGGCUCGAAGGCCGGCAGUGGAGCCAUGAUACCCCUGAAAGACGACGGCGUGGGCUUCGACAGCCACCGUGACUUCAUGCCCCAUCAUGGCGGCCAUGGCCUGGGCCUGGUCCACGGCCUGGAGUACAACCACCUGACUAGCCUGAAAGAGAAACCCACAGAGUGUCCUGACUGUGGUCGGGUCUUCAGGACCUAUCACCAGAUGGUGGUCCACUCUCGGGUGCACAACAAGGAGCGGCGGCCCAUAGAAGAAGCCAUCCAGCAGCAGAACAACACCACAGGGCUGGAUGAGCGGCGUGGCUCGGCCAGCGACCCCGAGUCCCAGUCCAUCAGCAGGUCCACCACCCCUGGAUCCUCCAACGUGACGGAGGAAAGUGGAGCCGGAGGAGGCCACUCCCAGACCGGCAGUGUCCAGGACGACAGCCCACACCCUUCCUCCCCAUCCUCAGAUGUCGGGGAUGACCUGGGGAAGAUGGCGGGGAGUGUUCAGCAGGCCCCCUCCCAGCACAGGGACAGGAGCCUGGGCUCGGCCAUCAAGGACUGUCCCUACUGUGGGAAGACCUUCCGCACCUCCCACCACCUCAAGGUCCACCUGAGGAUACACACAGGUCAGUGGAGAGAGAAACCCUACAGGUGCCCUCACUGCGACUACGCAGGCACCCAGUCUGCCUCACUGAAGUACCACCUGGAGCGCCACCACCGUGAGCGGCAGAAUGGCGGCGGCCCCUCCUCCGGACACGCCCCUCCCUCUGAGCACAAGGAGGAGCACGGCAAGGGUGGCGUCUUCGCCCGUCCUGAUGUCCUCCGCGGUGUCUUCAAGGGCAUGCCCUCCAGCCUGGACUUCAGAGGGGGCCCAUUGCACCCCCACCAGUGGGCCCCUCCCGGUAUGUUGUCCCCCAGGGAGCGUGAGAGGGACAGAGAGCGAGAGCGUAAUGGCCUGGGACCUGACACUCCCUCUGAAAGCAUGAAGAGCCCAGAGGGCCCCUCCGCCGCAGACGUCCCAGCCAGCUUCAGAGACCUGGGGCGGGCGUACCAGAGUAUGGUGGGAAACGGUGUCAACUUCCAGGGCUCCCUGCAGGCCUUCAUGGACAGCUUCGUCCUCAGCUCCCUGAAGAAGGAGAAGGAGAUGAGAGAGAGCCACCUGCAGUCCCAGCAUUACUUUGAGAGUGGUGAGCCCAAAGCCAAGAGGGCUGAUACUGGUGAGGAGAAGGCUGAGGCCAAGCCCUCAAUGGGCAAGCCUGGGUCCCAGUACGAGCCUCUGGACCUGUCUGUCAAUGUCAAGCCUGAAACAGGCUCUCUGCCUGGCUCCUCUGUCACCUUCCAGGACAACGUGGCGUGGCAUGGCUGCCUCUUCUGCUCCUUCACCACCUCCUCUGUGGAGCUGAUGGCCCUCCACCUGCAGGCCAACCACCUGGGCAAGGCCAAGCAACGCAAGGAGAGCAAGGAGCACCAGGGAGAGCCCUCCCACUUCCUCAAGGCCAGUAUGGGCCCAGCCCACCUCCAUGACAAAGACAACGACAGAGAGGGGGUGAAGAGCCAGUCAGCCUGGUCCAACCACAUGGAGCCCCAUGCCAGCAUGGGAGCCUUCCAGAGCGACUUCUACAAGCAGUAUGGAGGCAUGUACGAUGGGUCCCCAAGGACCCCAGGCCUCCAGGGGUUUGGAGCGACAUGCCCUGACCCAGCCCUGGAGCAGCAGAGCCAGGCCAGAAAAACAGCUGGGGAUGAGCUCUCAGACAAGGCCUCCUGCGGGGAUCUGGAGGAGCAGGGACAGUCUGAGGAUGAGGAAGGCAGGGCCGACGAGCGCUGCCACAGCACCGAGUCCUCCUCCGUCCAACCGGAGAGACAGCGACCCCACUCUGAUGACGAGGAGGAAGAGGAGGAAGCGGACGCGGUGGAGGGGGAAGAUGAGGACAGUGCCACCUAUCAGAUGCCGAAGCAGAUGCAGGUGUCCCCAGCUAGAGAGGCCCAACGACCAGGGGUCUCCAUGGGCCCUGGGGCCCCUUUCCCUCCCCAGUCCCGGCCUCAGCCACCCCUGGAGAAGCAGUGGCAGCAGGGCUUGGGUCUCCUUUCAUCUCCUGGUGGUCCCCCGGGGCUGCUGAAGCCAGAACAUGCCCAUCUCGAGCAGCAGAUGAACAUGCUGUCCGUCCUGAGGGCCUACAGCUCGGAGAACCUCGCAGCGUUCAACGGCCUUGGAAGUGGCUCAAACAGCGGCGUCGGCAUCAAGAGACCAGACGCACCCGUUCAUCUGUGGGUAGGAGAGGAGGAAGGCCAUGGAGCCCUGGGCCCCGCGCUGACCCUCGACCCUAACCUCGCGCUGCCUAACCUAGCUGACACUGAGACGCACGACGCAGCCUCUCUUAACAGAGACUAACUCCCGCCCGAGCACCCGGCUGGAGCAAGGCAGGAACAUGAUGAUGAUGGUGAUGAUGAAGGAACACACUAUAUCAAAGACUUUAUUUAAAACAUGCUACCAUCAAACAAGAGAAGUCAUUCAAAAUGAACUAUGAAGGAGUGUUUCUGCCGUGUGGGAGGAUGGAGAGGAGACUGAGAGACAUACCUGCUGAAAUGACUUGUAGAGGCCACUGGAUGUGACAGACAGACAGACAGACAGUGACUUGAACCAUUCUGUUUCCUGUCCUCUCAUGGAUGACUCCUCCCUCCAUCUUCUGUCUUCUUCAUGUCUCUCCUUUGAUUUGAUGUUUUUGAUGAAACUACCUGCUAAAUGACAGUACCUAACACGCCCCUACUAUGACACAUUCCUUGAUCCAAGAUGGCGUCCAUCAUUGUUGACAACAAAAAAAGGUGAUAAUAUUCCGACUGAACUGUUGUGCUGACCCUGUGCUUCACCUGUACGACAGACUCUCUCUCUCCUAUCAGACCCAGUACAAAGACAGGUAUUCAAUGACCCCUGGGUCACAGUAAUGGUAUUGUCCCUGGACUGUACCAUUCCCACUCUUGUCCUGCUGGAGCUGUAGCUUUAACUCGCUCCUUUUGACCGGACCAACCAUCUAUGGAGACCAAGCACACUUAUUGCCACGCACAUUUUUAGUUGCUAUUUUCUACCCUGUUUCAGGGCACAAUGUUCUGUGUGUCAAAAACGAAUGAACAGAGAAAAGAAAAAAAAAGAGGAAAAACUAGAAACUAAACCCGAAGUAUGACAUACUCUGACAAUCUUUUCCUGUGCUAGCUAACUAAGAGAGAGCGGUAGUUUUCCGAUAGGAUGGGGAUGUUAGUAGAUGUGACAACGAGAAGAGAAAGCCUGAGCAUUGUACAGUACAGUGUGAUGAUGGGCAGAGGACUGAGGAUCCUCGCCCCAUCCCCGUAACGGAAACAGAACAGGAAGUGAAGACUCUGCCCUAGCACGGUCCACUCAUGUCUUUUCUCGCUCUAUAUGACAGAGCCUGUAGAUGCUCAGAACUACAUGUAAAAAAAAAAGAGAGAAAUAGCAACAAAUGAAAGCGUUGUUUGUGAAGAGCAAAAAGUGUUGAAGUGACAGUAAUAACUAGUUUACACGCCCUUGUCCUGUAGAUAAACAUAGAGCUGGAAGGGAAGUUAUCAAAAACAAAACGGGAUUGUAUUUUCCAUCCCUUUUCAUCUCUCUUAUUGACUUCAAGGACUAUAGUGUUUGCAAGUGUUCGUAAGAUACUGCCACCAAUCAAUGUUGCAAAGUGUUACUGACUACUGAAACGGUUUGUUGUAUUUACUUUGAAAAAGAAGAAAAAACUGGAAAAACAAAUAUUGUCUAGCCUUAGAUACAGUCAUCCGUUGUUGCAUCGACAAAGCUCGUUCGUUUUAGAUGGUAGGCCUUAGGGUUGAGCUUCUUUUUUUGUUUGUUCAAGUACUGUACUUUUUGCCUUCUACAUUCUAACGAGAAAAAAAAGAAAAAGAUUGACAAUCUACUCAUGUGCUCCAAACAUAUGCCCAUAUAUACAUAAUACAUUAUGCAUAGAAGGAAUUUUUUUUUUUUUUCAAGUUCUUUGCACUGUGAUAGUAUUAUACAUCAAAUCUAUACAGUACAAAACUAGCUAACUAACUACAAUGAAGGUGUGUAUCUGUGUGUCCCUUGACAUUGUGAAAUGUUUCUAUGUCCUCUUGUGAACCCUGAGAAUUCUAAAUGCGGUAUGUACAGUGCGAAUAUAUACAAGUACAUUUUCAGUGUGAAGGACUACAGUACAUGGCUUUGACAAAAUGCUAUCAUAGUGCCAAGCCAAGGCAUGCAAGUCACUUGUGUGGUCAUCAUUUUACAUACUGUUUGUUACUGAAGCAGAGUGAUGAUCAAUGCUCAAAUUCCACAUCGGGUUGAUGGAACUUAUUAACAGCUCUCCACGCAAAAAAAAAAAGGCUCCUGUUUUUUUAAUUUGCUUUUCUAGACUUUAGAAUUCCCCAUUCCAAAAUAUGAAGAAAAAAAAAAAGGAUGAGAAAUUAAAACAAAAAAAAGUGGUAUUGUAGGGAAUUAAACACGGUGCUGAGAAGUGGAUUGUGGGACUGGGUCUGAGUUAACCAAUCAGAGGGCCCGGUCAGUCCCAUAGUGAUGCCCUCUCUCCCCUUCUCUCCGUUGUGUGGUUGUAUACCUGAGAGGGGAUCAUAUUAACUGUCUGGCUCUCUCUGAACCAGUAAAAGAGCAUUCCACAUACGAACCUGUCUUGUGAGCUGAAAACCGUUUGUUUGCUGUAUUCUCAUGGCAGAUGCUUCGUUUUGUAACUACUGAACUGUACUUAUAAUAAAAAAUAAAAUGUAUUCAAACUAUAA